UCCACAGCGUCACAUGUCCUUCAGAGAGGGUCCGCAGGCUCGAGCUUCCAGGUGCAGACUGAGUGUCUGUGGGCUUCCGCUGCUGCUGCUGCUGCUGCUAACCAGCUAAAGAAAUAAGAGUCCACUCUUUAAACUAUGGCUGCCCAAGUUACAGAAUCAGACCAGAUCAAACAGUUCAAGGAAUUUCUGGGCACCUACAACAAGCUGACAGAGAACUGCUUCAUGGAUUGUGUUAAAGAUUUCACUACUAGAGAAGUGAAGGCAGAAGAGACCUCGUGCUCUGAGAGCUGUCUACAGAAGUAUCUAAAAAUGACCCAGCGGAUCUCCAUGCGCUUCCAGGAGUAUCACAUCCAACAGAACGAGGCUCUGGCAGCCAAAGCUGGUUUACUAGGCCAGCCACGGUAGUCUAUUGCUGUGUUUUCUUACGGACUCUGAUAUCCUCAGGCUGUAAUUCUCACCAUGCCUAUUAGGAGGCUGAAUCUCCAUAUUGGAACAACAUGGCUACGCACACUGUCAAGGUUCUCUGUUUGGUUCAGCUCCUCAGCACUGGUAGGACCUUUGUUUCCCAAGAUUCUCCCGGAGGAAGAGGCUCGAUAGACUUGGUCAUGGCUUGGGCAAAAUGUGAAGAUAGUGUUUUUUUGUUUGUUUGUUUUUAAAUGUAAAUCUUUGCAUCUAACAAGAAUAAAAAAGCAGCAAGAUAACUUCUUUA